UCUUCGGUUGUUGUAGUUGGCUGCAACGUUGAAUCUGAGGUCGAGUGUGUUGUAAAGACUGUCUAUCUAUUAUGGACUGAUCUUUUCAGUGUAGGUUAGAUUGUCCAAUAUGUUUAUUAAAUCAGCAUUAAUGUGAGUCCAGCUGUAUUAUUGUCCCAAUGUGGCGAUUAAAUUGUAUUUAUGGCUUCCAUAUUAUCAUUUUCAAAUAGCUGGAGUUCCUAUUUUUGUGCGCUUUCAUGACUUAAUGAAGCAUAAUGUGACGGAAUUGCUUUUUGUCCCUGGCCAUGCGGAGACAUCAUGCGGUGACACUACUUUGCCUUACAUCAGUGUCAACGGCUUUGUUGUAUUUUAUUGUUGAUGGAUGGCUCUUUUCACGUGUUCAUUUGUUUAAGCCCGAUGAUACAAGCUUAGAAACCCUUGAAUCUCAAAUAAAAUUGGAAUAUGCUGAGAGAGCUGAAGUUCGUGCUAAAAUAAAGAAGGUCAUUGAACUGAAAUUGCAAGAGAAAAAGCAGGCUGCUGAGGAUGAGCUAAACCAGAAACAUAUAGCAGAAAGUAAAAAGGACGAAAAUCUAGCUGAGAAAGAGAAGAUCGAGGCAAUAAGAACUCACAAUGAAAAUGCAAUUGCGAUCCUGGUGUUCUCCUGUAACAGAGUGACUGUUACUCGAUGCCUGGAUCAGUUACUCGAAUACAGGCCAUCAGCACAGGACUUCCCGAUCAUAGUGACCCAGGAUUGCCAACAUGAGGCCACAGCUAAUGCCAUUCGUGGAUAUGGAGACCAAGUUUUCCAUAUACAACAACCAGACCAAAGUGAAAUUCAAAUACCUCUCAAAGAAAAGAAAUUCAAGGGCUAUUUCAAGAUAGCUAGACAUUAUGGCUGGGCACUCAAUCAAACGUUCAAUGUAUUCAACUUCAAUACUGUAGUAAUUAUAGAAGAUGACCUGGAUAUUUCAUCGGACAUGUUCGAGUACUUUAAAGGGACAUUGCCUUUGCUUGAAAUGGACCCCACACUAUGGUGUGUAUCAGCUUGGAAUGAUAAUGGAAAAUUGGGUCUUAUAGAACAUGAUGCUUCAAGUCUUCUUCACAGGACCGACUUCUUCCCUGGACUCGGUUGGAUGUUGACCAAGCCAAUAUGGCAGGAACUGAUGGUUAAGUGGCCAUUGAGCUACUGGGAUGAUUGGAUUCGGCAACCAGAACAACGUAAGGGGAGGGCUUGUAUACGCCCAGAAAUAUCUCGCACCAGAACAUUUGGAAAGAUUGGAGUUAGCAAUGGCCUUUUCUUUGAGAAACACUUGAAGUACAUUCAUUUGAAUGAGAAGUAUGUGCCUUUCACAAAACAAAAUCUCUCCUACUUACUGAAGGAUAACUACGAUGUGGCGUUCGUGAAAGCGGUUUACGAGUGCCCAGUUGUGACUUAUCAAGAGCUCAAAUCCAAUGCAUACCCGGAAUUGCGCGCUGUCAGACUCCCGUAUUACACAAAAGAAAAAUACAAGAGAACAGCCAAAAUGCUUGGACUGAUGGAUGACUUCAGGAGCGGCGUCCCACGCACAGGCUACAGAGGAGUGGUCAGUUUCUACUACAAUGGCAGGAGAGUGUACUUGGCACCGAAUGCCAACUGGAAAGGAUACGACAUAACAUGGAGCUAACCUCCAGCCUACCUCUCCCAACCUAAUUCCACUUCCUACUCGAAAUAGGCCUCAUUUACAUCAGCUAUGUGACUGAGCCACCUCAUCUAUUUUCACAUUCCAGUUGAUUGGAAUGGAUGAAUCAUCAUCUCUAUCAUUCAAUUCACUCUCACCAAUUUCUAGACAAAGUUGAUAGGUAUCGAAAUAGAAUCCAGUUAUAUUGUGCAGUGUUAUUUGUAAAUUUACAAUUGGUUAUUGGACAGUAAUUUGUAAAUACUCAGAGAUUAUAAUAUAUUGAUAGGAUUAGGUUGAAUAUGAAUCUUCAUGCACCAAUUGGGACUUACUUUUGUGAUUUAAAUUUUGUUAUAAUUGAAUUAUUUUUCCCUUUAAUAUAUUGCCUCUGUUGCAUAAUAAUAUAGUGAUUUAAGUUUGUUUUAAUUACUAUUUUCUUAGCUUUCUAUAUAUGUAACACUCACUAGCUUGUGAUAUUCCUGUAUGCAUUUAUAUUUAUUUCAGUAGGCCUGAAUAUCAAAUUCUGGAAAAUAGGGAGCUAAAUACUUAUCCGAUUCUAUAAUUUUACCAUAUCAAAUCAAAAAUCAAAAUUAUUUCCAUUCAAAAUACAGUUCUGAAACAUUAAUAUAAAUUUCUUUUUUUUGUAAAAUUAGCAUCCGCAAAGAAAGAAUGUGAGCGAAAAUAUCGACUCGGCACUCUUAUCCUCUUAUAUUUCCCAAUGAUAGAAAUAUCAUUCUAAACAUGGCCUAUAAAAACUUUUCCAUUCACGAUUAUAAAAACCAAAAUACUAUACUUGUUAAUUUCUCUCACAAUGAUAUUUGUUAUAAUUUUUAAGAAAGUUCUUGUCAAGAUUAUUAUUUUUAAAAUGUUCAUCUGAGAGCUCUAGUAUAGUCCUUCCCCUUUUGUCUGGAUAGAUAAUAAGAAUAUUAUGUAAUACGUUUAAAUAAUUGAGCGUAAAAGAUGUGUACUUUAAAUUAAAUGAGAAAUUGAAAUAAUUGAGAGGAGCAAAUUUGUGGCUAAGUUUCUGUUAAUGUUGAUCAGUAUCCAGGCACAUUUUCAUUCAGUUAAUCAGAACCUAUAUCUUCACUUAUAGGCAUUUAACUAGCCAUUUUUCUUCCUACAUUACUACGCGAGACAAAAAUUUAAGAAGGUAGCUUGAAAAUUGUUUCCCUGUGUUGCUCAAGGAUAGUACACAAAAACAUAAUUUCCUCUUUUUUCAUCAGUUCAAAGCUAUCGAAUAGAUCAUUUCUCCAGUCUCUCAAUAUAAUUAUUAUCAGGCUUUGUAAGAUAUAUUUAGUGUGAAGCAUAGAUGGCUUAAAAAAACAGGCCACUGUUUUCAUAUUUUUAGAAUGAAACUUAUUUAAAGUCCUUUAUUGGUGCCACUGUCUAUGAGGGUGGAAUUUGAAUUUCAGUUAGAACCGUUGAUACUAUUUCAUCUCUCGGUAUUAACAUCACAAAACACGUUCAUCAUUUAUAAAUUUGAUAUUAAGGUUGCUAUCUAUGGGAAGUGGAUUUAGUGUAAUAUGAGUUAGUAUUUUUAAGAAAGUUCUUGUCGAGAUAUUAUGUUUGAAAUGUUCAACUAUUAGAGAAUAACUCAUAUUGCUCCAAGUAUUAAAAAUUAUUUUGGUUAAUUCUUCAUAGAUACUAACGAAUUAUUUAUACCUGACAAGGUAUGAGUUACCUUCUGACAUUUUUGUUAUGUAAGCGCAUCAAUCUUAAUUCAUCUGUAUUAAUAAUAAAUUAUAAAAUACUAUAGAUUAUCUGAGUCUUAAUGACCAUGACUUAGAUUCUGAAAUAAAAGUAGGAUUUUGGGGCUCUACGGGAAUGGUGAUUGCUUUAAAUGAUUCUAUAAUAUAGUUAUUUUCCAAUUAUGAUCCCUUUGUAGACUGUUCAUCUGUAACAACUGAAAAUAACAAGAAAUUCUUCCAUUUUAUUAUAUUAACGACAAGGUGAUUUAUCUAUUAAUGUUUGUUUCAAAUCACUUGUCUGACUAGACAAAGUGUUUCUUUCAAGUCAGUUCCUGUAUGUUAAUAUCAGUAUUUUGAGCAACAGACUCAGCUUUUGUUUUCCUGGAAAGUUCAACAUUUUGAAAAAAAUAGUUUUCUCUUUUUAAUUUUUCCAAUUGACAUUUAUCUUCAUAAUUAUUUGCAGUUGGAAACUAAUUUUUAUUUUUGUGUUUGUCUUCUUGUGUUGUUGUUUAUUGAAAAGUGUAAUAUGGGUUGAAAGCACCAUUAGUCUUUAUGAAAUUAGUUAUGUAAGUAAUAGAGUAGGAUAAAAAUUGAACUAAUUAUAAUACUCGGCUGUGCUUUUAAAUCAUUUGUAUGGAGAUAGCUUGUGGUGAAGUGUCAUAGACUGGAUAAAUGUUUCAACACACAGUGCUUCAAUAAUACCAUUACCCAUAAACAAUGGGAAUAUUACAAAUUAAUAAUUUAUCAAAAAUUGGUCCACUUUCAACAAAACCAAAGUAAAAUACUUUAUGUUCAAAAAUAACAGAAAUCCAAUAAUUAGCUCAGCUAGCGUUAUUGUUAAGUAGUUAUGUCGAUGAUGAUGUUUGAUUUAAUUUAUAAAAAUUCACUACUAAGAUGAAAUUAAUGUUCUGUGACCUGUUUGGAAUAUUAUGUUGUAAUAAAUCUUCAUUUUUGGAAUCUUA